CGAAACAUUUGCACAUUCUUUUCAGUCGAUCGGCAAUCAUUAUCCAUUCCGUGCGCACAUCUGUGUGUCUUAUUUGCAACAACAUGCUUUACAAGUCCAAAUCGUUGGCAUUUGGUAUCUUGAUAUUUUUAUACUUUUUACAUAAUUGCAAUGGACAAGGACAAACACUGAGCUCUUCGUUUAGUAAAGUAGCGGGAGAUGUUCAGGACAGGUGUAGAGCCAUUGGUGAAUGUGUAAAACAAAAUGGAGCCAAAGUGGUCGAUAAAACGGUUACAAUAAGCAAAGCAUCAUUACAUCAUGGAGCCACAGCGUUGAACAGUAGCAUAAAGUUUUCCAAAGAAUCUUUAAAUAAGAUACCAGUACACUCUAUAAGUGAUAUCAUAACCAAAGCCAAAUGUGUGAUACCUAAGAAUGCAGAUAACAUCCUAAGAGCUGCAUUACUUCAACAAUGUAUCUCACCUAGUCUUGGUUUUGGGAAUGAAUCUAGAUGCUUUAAUGAACUUGGUUGUUUCCCUAUGGGCUAUCCUUGGACAUCAAAUCUAAGACCAUUUCCACAACCAAUGAAACCUGAAGAAAUAAACGUACAACUUUACUUAUACACUAGGGAACAAAAUACACCAUACGAUGUAAAAUUAUGGCCGAGUAUAUCAAUAGAGAAAUCGGACUUUAAUCCGAACAGAGAUUAUACUGUUUUUAUCAUUCAUGGAUUUAAUAGUGAUGGAGGAAAUACAUGGAUGUCUGAUCUUAAAGAUGCAUACUUAAAACAACGUGACGCAAAUGUAUUCUUAGUUGACUGGGGACAAGGAUCAAAGCAAUUUAAUUAUUUACAAGUAGCUUCGAACACAAGGGUGGUUGCCGCUGAAUUAAUUAGAUUUGGGAAAUAUAUUAUUGACGAUUAUCAAUUGAACCCGCUGAACGUUCACUUAAUGGGCCAUAGUUUGGGAGCCCAUAUAUCUUCAUAUUUUGCUAAAGGUAUUCCCGGUUUCGGUCGACUAACGGCAUUCGACCCUGCUCAGCCCGGAUUUGAAGGUUGUCCGAAGGAGGUGCGACUAGAUAAAUCAGAUGCUAAUUUUGUUGACGUUAUACACACAAGUUGUAGACCCACAGUUCCGCUUUUGGGUUUCGGGCUCAUCGCUCCCGUGGGUCACGUUGAUAUAUAUAUGAAUGGUGGUAUUAUUCAGCCAGGCUGCACUGUACCUCCAAUAGCCGAAGUUAAACUAACGAGCAUUUCUGAUUUAGCUGUUAUUCCGGCUGAUGUACUAGGAAAUUGGGUAGCUUGUUCACAUGGACGAUCGUUUUCAUAUUUCACCGAAUCGCUGAACGACAACUGUACUUUCUGGGCUCAGAAAAUAAAAGCAUUAACAGCCAUUACCAAUGUUGUGUCCAUUGGUCAACUUCAACCACUUUUAAUAAAGAUUGACAAAUGCAAGUUUAAUGAAUGUGUACCGCUGGGAUUAAACACUGACCAAUAUCCAGGAAGAGGCAUGUUUAGCGCUGGGACUGCAUUUUUUGAACCUUAUUGCAAGAGCAAUUUGGAAACAGAUCGGUUUAUGCGUAAUGAAUUCAGAAGUUUAAAAGAAAAAAGCCUUUUAUGAAUAAAUAAUAUUCAAGAUAAUGGACAGCCAAGAGGAAUAAGUUGAAACAAGCGAUUUAUUAAUGAA